AUGGCGGAUGGAGAUGAAAUCCCUAUCAGAAUCACCAAUGUAGAAUUGGCUAAAAUAGUCAAAGAGCAAAUGGCAGAGAGUAGGGUUGUCAGAGAGGAGAAUAGAGCAAUGAAGAGAGAGUUAGAUAAGUUGAAAGGCCAAAUGAGGAGAGGAGGCCAAGAAGAAGAAGAAGAAGAAGAAGAAGAGCAAGAUCCAGCCGGUCAAGCCAAUAUGCCAGAGGAUCAAAGGGCAAUGCUUGUAGCCCUAGAGAGGGUAGGAGUAAAGGAUAGGAAUGAUAUUCCUUUGUUCCAUGGCAAAUUGGAACCGGAAGAAUGCAUGGAUUGGAUAGAAGUCCACAAAUGUUUUCAGCUUGCCCUCAAGAUUGAGGAAAAACAAAAAAGAAGAGGAGAACAAAGUAAGGGAAGAGGAAACUCAUUCCGUGGAAGAGGUAGGUUCAAUGGGAGAGGAACUUUUCCUAAGUCCCAAGGUGAAAGCAGCAAUCAAAGUACUGAUAAUGAUGCUGGUGGUAGAGGUUCAUUCAGAGGAAGAGGGUCAAAUAAUGGCAGGGGCAGAUCAAGAGGAAGAGGCCCUAAUGUGUUCACCAGAAGGUGCUUCUCAUGUAACCAAGUUGGGCAUCAAUCUUUCAGAUGUCCACAAAAGAAUGACAGCAGCAAUCAAGGAGAUAGAAGGGUACAAUUGAUUCAAGAAGAGGAUUGCCAAAGCAAUUCAUCAUACCAUACAGCUUCAUCCAAGCAUGCUGAUCCAGUGCAAGGAGAAACUCUUAUGUUCAAUAGAUCGCUGUUGGUACCACUCAACAAGGAGCUAGCUCAAAGGAAAUCCUUAUUCCGGACUACUUGCAAGGCAAAGGGUAAAGUAUGCAAGGUAAUUGUUGAUUCCGGCUCUACUGAAAAUCUAGUUUCUUUGGAAAUGGUUACCAAGUUAAAAUUGAAAAGAAUUCCACACCCUACUCCCUAUAAAGUUUCUUGGUUGAAUAAGGAGCAGCAAACUAUUGUGAAUGAACAAUGCUUGGUAGAAUUUGAAAUUGGUGACUAUAAAGAUAAAUUUUUAUGUGAGAUAGUUGAAAUGGAUGCAUGUCAUCUUCUUUUAGGAAGACCAUGGCAAUAUGAUACUAAUGCCCAGCAUAAUGGAAAAACAAAUGUGUUUAAUAUAACAAAGAAUGGUGAAAAUUUUGUCAUGACACCUUUACCGGAUGUAACAAAUGAUUCAGCUGUGUCUAAUAAUAUCAUGGUUGUAAAAGAAAAAGAGUUUUUAGAAGGUCUUAAGGAGGAAAAUCCUCCAUGUUUUGCUGUUGUAAUCAGACCUAAGGAAACUAAUCAUGAGGGCAGGGAAUUGAGUUUAGAGGCCAAAGAAAGUACUUGUCCUAAGGUUGUAAUUGAUUUGCUGAAUAAGUAUGAUGGUAUUAUUGCUGAUAGUACCAAUGAGUCUCUUCCACCAAAGAGGUCAAUAAGCCAUUGUAUUGAUUUGAUUCUGGGUGCUACCUUACCUAAUAAAGCAGCAUAUAAACUAACUCUUGAACAAAAUGCUGAAGUUGCAAGACAAAUCCAAGAGUUGUUAGACAAAGGUUACAUAAGAAAAAGUAUUAGCCCAUGUGCUGUCCCAGCAGUCCUUGCUCCUAAGAAAGAAGGUACUUGGAGAUUAUGUACAGAUUCUAGAGCCAUUAAUAAGAUUACUAUUAGAUACCGGUUUCCCAUGCCUAGAAUGGAAGAUCUCAUGGAUUGUUUAGGGGGUGCAAAGUACUAUUCUAAGAUUGAUCUUAAAAGUGGUUAUCAUCAAAUCCGGAUAUGUGAAGGGGAUGAAUGGAAAACCACUUUCAAAACUAAUGAGGGUUUGUUUGAAUGGAUAGUUAUGCCUUUUGGUUUAUCCAAUGCUCCUAGUACUUUCAUGCGUUUAAUGAAUGACAUGCUGAAACCUUUUCUUCAUCAAUUUGUUGUUGUAUAUUUGGAUGAUAUUCUAAUUUUUAGUGGCAGCAAAGAGGAACAUUUGCAGCAUUUGGAUCAGGUCUUAAGGAAGCUUCAUGAAGAAGGCUUGAGGAUAAACUUGGAGAAGUGCUCAUUCAUGCAAGAUGAACUUGUGUUCUUGGGUUUUGUAAUUUCAAAAGGCAGUCUGAAAAUGGAUCCUUCAAAGGUAGAAGCCAUUCUAAAUUGGCCAGCACCUACUACAGCCACAGAGGUAAAAAGUUUUCAUCGUUUAUGUAGCUUCUAUAGAAAGUUUAUUGGAAACUUUAGUGGUAUUUGUGCUCCACUUAUUGAUACUAUUAAAGGUGGAAGAAAAUGUGUUUUCCAAUGGACUAAAGAGGCCAAUGAAUCUUUUGAAUUGCUGAAAAAGAAAAUAUCAGAACAGCCAGUACUUGUUUUACCGGAUUUUUAUAAGGUUUUUGUUGUUGAAUGUGAUGCUAGCAAUAAGGCUAUUGGUGGGGUUCUUAGUCAAGAUGGUAGACCCGUAGCCUUCUUUAGUGAGAAAUUAAAUGAAGCAAAACAAAAAUAUUCUACUUAUGAUCUUGAACUUUAUGCUAUGGUUCAGUCAUUAAGAAAAUGGAGGCAUUAUCUUUUAUCAAAAGAGUUCAUUGUUUUUACGGAUAACCAUGCACUUAGUUUUCUGAAUAGACAAGAGAAACUUAACCAUAGACAUGUCAAGUGGAUGGAGUUUUUGCAGGCCUAUACUUUCAGCAUUAAACAUAAGAAAGGGGUUACUAAUAAGGUGGCGGAUGCUUUGAGUAGAAGGACACUUGCCAUUCAGUCUAUGCAAUUGGAAAGUGCUGGUUUAGAGGCUAUGGCAUCCAUGUAUGCUACGGAUGAAGAUUUCAAGGAAAUUUAUCAGGAGGUAGUACGUUUGCAUGGUUUGCCUUUGUCAAUCAUAUCCGAUAGAGAUCCUAAGUUCUUGGGUCAUUUUUGGAGAACUUUGUGGAAGAAGUUGGGGACUAAUGUUUGUUUAUCUUCAGCAUAUCACCCUCAAUCUGAUGGGCAGACUGAGGUCAUCAAUCAGUCCCUUGGUAAUCUUUUACGGUGUUUGACACAGGAACAUGGUGUAAGUUGGGAUUCAGUUUUGGCUCAGGAUGAGUUUUCCUAUAAUGAUUCAGUGAACCAUAGUACCAGGAAGACUCCAUUUCAAAUUGUUUAUGGUGUUCAUCCUCGUGGCAUUUUGGAGUUAAGGGAUGUUAAUUGUUUGGAAAAGCCUAGUGCUUUGGCUAAUGAUUUUGUUAAUGUUAUGAAGGAUAUUCAGGAUUCGGUUAAGAAAGAAAGGCUACCUAAGGGUCAUUAUACAAAGCUUAUGGCCAAAAAUAUUGGACCUUUUAAAAUUCUCAAACGCAGUGGUCCUAAUGCCUAUCAUGUUGAUCUUCCUCCAGAUAUUCAUUUAUCACCUAUCUUUAAUGUUGCUGAUCUAUAUUUGUAUAAAGGUCCUAUUGAUAAUUCUGUGAAUGUAGGUGCUGCUGAUUCUCUUGUUGAUGCACAGCUUUCAGCUCUUCCUAAGUGGAAAUCCAGACCAGUUGAAGAUGCUACAUGGAUGUCUACUGACGCUAUUGAGAAGUUGGGUUUUUCUGUUCCAGCAGUCCCAACUCAAGGGACUUGA